CGGGAAGAUGGCCGCCGCUUCUCUGACCGGACCCCAACGUCCCUCGGUCAUUGUAACGAGUCUGAAAAUGUACUCAUGUAGUGACCGGGAAAAAAAUGGACAUAGAUGUAAGGCUGGAGUCCCUUCUCACUGAGUCACAGCAGCAAACAGCUGGUUCACCCGAAGACGAAGGACAGGAAGUCAGAGCGCGGGGACGACCUGGGUUGGGUCAGCAGUUAAAAUUUAACACCAGGAAUUCAGAGCCAGUGAGCAGUUUGUACUUGGUGUGAUGGGACGAGGGCGAGGCCCUACCUACAGGAUAAAGGUUUCACGUGUUAAUGCGAGGAAAAACAAGUACGUUCUGGCGUAUCUGUGGUCUGGAAAAACACCCGAAGGAGAAGCCCCGCUCACAUUCUAGACCAGGUUCUGAUUUCUGGUAACUGUGUCACACUCAGUGCAAGUGAAAGUGAAAGUAUGAAAGUGAAACUGGGGACAGUUGUUUGUGUCGGAGGAGCAGGCGGACGGGACGAGCAAACUUUCUUCCUCCCUGCCUUCUCCCUCCUCUCAGCACCAUGCCGGACACCAAUCUGUGUUUGGAGGCCCUGUCUGCUCUGUCCGGCUGCAACGUCGAGCCGACCACCGGAUCUGCCCCGCUCACCCCGCAGGACUUCGUCAACAUCGUGGCCCUCAAGGAGUUUUACAAGCAGGCGGGGUUCAAGGAGCUGGAGUACCCCAGUUUAGGCACUCUGUCCCUGCAGGACAUGGACAACCAGGACCUGUACAGCUCCCCGCCGGCGCUGGCCCAGGACCCCGGGCCGGUGGAGAGCCUCAGGACCACGGUGAAGAUCAACCCUCAGGACUUCUUCCACCCUAACUACAACUACGACUUCACCAACAUCAAGGAUGGCAGCACCACGUUCCUGCGUGGCAGCGAGCAGUACGUUCGUCCCUGUGGGUGGAACCGCGUGGCCCUCCGAGUCACGCAGAGGUACGACGGCGGGGACUGCUGGCUCGGGACCGGUAAGGACGCCUGGCCCGUCUCCUACCACGGACACAACAUGGACGGCUCCCUGGGUAUCAUCCUGACCCACGGCGGGUGCCCCAACAGUGAGCCGGAGUUUCUGGACGCCGCCGCCGCCUGUCUGAUCACCAGCGAGACGAGGGGUAGAGGGGUGUACUCCACGCCCGACAUCAAGAUGGCAGAGAAGUACAGCAAGAGGUUCAAGUCCAAAGUGGACGGGAAGACGUACAAAGUGGUUCUUCAGAACCGCAUCAACCCAGAGAAGAGGAAGAAGUGUCAGAGAGAGGACAUCUGGUUGGUCUACGUCCCCGAAGGCUACAACGACGUCCAGACGAGGGCCACCGUGCAGGAGUCCAUCCGUCCGUACGGGCUGCUGCUGAAGCAGCUGUGAGCCAAACCCAGAGGAUACUUAUAAAACCAUAUCAACUUCAGUGAAAUAAUUCAACGGGAGGAUUUAUUGAUUAUCAGCCAAAAAAUCCUCAAAAAAACGAUCUCACACCAUUCCACUGGCAGCGGGCUGAACGCUUGAAGUCUUUCAAAAAUGUGUUUGAUUUUCCCGUCCAAUGGCAGCGUUAUCCAACCCUACUGGUCCACCUGAGUCCGAGGCCUUCUGCAUCUGGGAGGCUGGUUUAUGCUGCCAUCUAGUGGUCUAUAGUGAUAUUUUAUUCCUUUCUCGUAGUAAAAAACAAAUCUUCAUAAUGAGAAAACAGUUGUCACGGUGGUUGAGACUGAAUUAUUCUGGUUUGUAUCCAUUCAAUAAGAGUAUCUUGCUGAGGCUACGGCUCCUUCGUGUGAACGGUACAUACAGUACAUGUUCUCCACUGGGACCAAUGAGUAGUACAUAUUUUCUUUCUGAAUGUGUGUAAUUUAAUACUGUUCACAGACCCCGUGCGAAGACAAGGCAAUAUAAUAUCUAGAUGCUCUCUUGUGCGCUCCUCUCGGUGAUUAAGGGGGCGUGUGCUUUGGAACAAACUAAUGUUAAAUGUGAAAACAAAUAAGAUAAAAGAAUAAAACAAAAUAAA